ACCGGAUGAAGCCAAGUUGUUGGGGAGACCGGGGUCCGGACCCCGAGAAUUAUUUUCGUCGCCGUUUGAGGGAAAAAAAAGGAGCGGAAGAGGCAAUCGAUUUUUUUUGCGCAUUAUUUCCAGCUCUUGUCAAAUCACUGACUCUCAGGGCUACUUGGUGCCAUAUCCUGGAUUUGCGCGCAUCACGGGCACAUCGCUGCGAUUUUUAGAAUCUAAUCACCUUCCACACUCGGCUACGGAGUCCAGACCAACGGUUUAGGUCAGACGACUUCCAACCAUGUAUCAAUCGGUUCGUGCGGCCGGGCCCGCAGUUUGGUGCGGGAGCCUUAGUGUGCCGAGGGCUGCCAUCAGACCCCUCAGCACAUGCCUGAAAGCGUCGUCACCGAGGUCAUCAGUUUCGUCAUCCAUUGCAGCAAGCCCCGCAAACCCCGUGAUCCAGCACCGGAGACACUUUCACGGCAGCGCGAUAAGGAUGGCAGCGAACACGAGAAUUGAGAGCGAUGCGUUCGGCGAGAUCGAGGUGCCGGCCGACAAAUACUGGGGAGCGCAGACGCAGCGCUCCCUCUCCAACUUCCGCAUCAACCAGCCCCAGGACCGGAUGCCGGCGCCCAUCAUCAAGGCGUUCGGCAUCCUGAAGGGCGCUGCGGCGACGGUCAACAUGCGCUAUGGCCUUGACCCGACGAUUGGCAAGGCCAUUCAGCAGGCCGCCAAGGAGGUUGCGGACCUGAAGCUGAUCGACCACUUCCCCCUCGUCGUCUGGCAGACCGGCUCGGGCACGCAGUCCAACAUGAACGCCAACGAGGUCAUCAGCAACCGCGCGAUCGAGAUCCUCGGCGGGACCAUGGGUACCAAGAAGCCGGUGCACCCCAACGACCACGUCAACCGCUCGGCCUCGUCCAACGAUACCUUCCCGACCGUCAUGCACAUCGCCGCGGUGCUCGAGAUCGAGGGCGAGCUGCUCCCGGCGCUGCGCAGCCUGCGGGCGGCGCUCCAGGCCAAGGUGGAAGAGUUCGAGGCCAAGAAGAUCAUCAAGAUCGGCCGCACCCACCUCCAGGAUGCCACCCCUCUGACCCUGGCCCAGGAGUUCAGCGGCUACGUGGCGCAGCUCGACUUCGGCAUCAAGCGGGUCGAGAGCUCCCUCCCGGACCUGCGGCUCCUGGCGCAGGGCGGCACGGCCGUGGGUACGGGCAUCAACACGUUUGAGGGCUUCGCCGAGGCCAUCGCGGAGGAGGUCAGCAAGAUGACGGGCACCGAGUUCAAGACGGCGCCCAACAAGUUCGAGGCCCUGGCCGCCCACGACGCCAUCGUGCAGGCGCACGGCGCCCUCAACACCCUCGCCGGUUCGCUCACCAAGAUCGCGCAGGACAUCCGCUACCUGGGCAGCGGUCCCCGCUGCGGCCUGGGCGAGCUGAUCCUGCCCGAGAACGAGCCGGGCAGCUCCAUCAUGCCCGGCAAGGUCAACCCGACCCAGUGCGAGGCCCUCACCAUGGUGUGCGCCCAGGUCAUGGGCAACCACGUCGCCUGCACGAUCGGUGGCAUGAACGGCCAGUUCGAGCUCAACGUUUACAAGCCGCUGAUCAUCCGCAACCUGCUGCACAGCAUCCGCCUGCUGGCGGACGGCAUGCGCAGCUUCGAGAAGAACCUGGUGGUCGGCCUCCAGGCCAACGAGGAGAAGAUCUCUAGCAUCAUGAAGGAAUCUCUGAUGUUGGUCACCUGCCUGAACCCCAAGAUCGGCUACGACAUGGCCAGCAAGGUGGCCAAGAACGCGCACAAGAAGGGCCUGACGCUCAAGGAGAGCGCCCUGGAGCUCAAGGCGCUCACCGAGGAGGAGUUUGACACCCUCGUGCGGCCCGAACUCAUGAUCGGGCCUAAGCCGUACAAGGGCUAAACUCGGACGCCCGGCAAUCCCACCGGAGCAGUGGGGAAGCCUGCGAAGGACGGGUGUUGGCGUCUCCAAACGCCGCACGCCUCGCGCGGCCGUCCUUAAACAGAGGGUGCCGUCAUGACGGUUUUCACUCAUGAAGUUCACGACCAUGUACGAUUAGCAUUAGCACUACAACACCGACAACCAGGCCCGGCCGCCUACGAAGCAUCGUGCGGCGGGGAGCUAGGCUGUUGUUCGUUGGUUCUAACGGAGGCGAGGAGUAAUGUUAUGUACCAAAAAUAAUUCAAGAAACUAUCGACCAGACAUAUGUAACCCUUCAUCCCUCUCUGCCCUGCGAUAUCGCUUCUGAUCCGGCACAGGAAGAGGGACCGUCGGGAAGUGUCGGCAGAUUGGUCAUGGCCG